AUUUCGCUCCGCACCUGAAUUUCCUUUCAUUGUGGACGGUUGGAUUUCCUUCCUGCUCCAAUUCACAUCCCAACCACGCCGCGCUUAAAACCCGCCGCCUUGCCGCCGCCGCCCAUGGCGACCCCGUUGCAUGGCGUCCACCUCCGCGCGCUCCUACUCACCUUCGCUCUCCUCUCCCUCCUCCUCCUCUUCCACCUCCAGCUCCGCCGCCCCGCUCCGCUCCCCCCGCCUCUCCGCACCCAUACCCACACGCAGCCCGCGGCGGCGGCGUCGCACCGCGCGGAGGAGGUGAAUUUCCCCUCACCUUCCUCCUCCUCCUCGCCGCCGCCGCCGCCGCCUCCCGCGAUGCCGGAGGAGGAGGAGCCGACGUCGCUGCGCCACGUGGUGUUCGGCGUGGCCUCCUCCCGCCGCACGCUGCCGCUGCGGCUCCCGCUCCUCCGCCUCUGGCUCCGCGCCCCCGCGCGCGCCUUCGUCUUCCUCGAUGCGCCCGCGCCCGUUCCGGCCUCGGACCUCCCCGCGGGACUCCGCCUCCGCGUCUCCGCCGACGCCUCCCGCUUCCCCUACUCCCACCGGCGCAGCCUCCCCUCCGCCGUCCGCGUAGCGCGCAUCGCCAAGGAGCUCCUCCUCGACCUCAAGGACCAAUCCCGACUGCACCCGGCGCCGCGAUGGCUCGUGCUUGCCGACGACGACACCGCCUUCGUCCUCCCCAACCUGCUCCACACACUCAAGAAAUACGACUGGCGCGAGCCGUGGUACGUCGGCGCGCGCUCCGAGUCCGCGGCCCAGAACGCGUGGCACGGCUUCGCCAUGGCGUACGGCGGCGGGGGCAUCGCCGUCAGCUGGCCCCUGGCGCGGCGCCUCGCGCGCGCGCUCGACUCCUGUGUCGUCAGGUACCCGCACCUCUACGGCAGCGACGGCAGGAUCUACGCAUGCCUCGCCGAGCUCGGCGUCGAGCUCACCCACGAGCCAGGCUUCCACCAGAUGGACCUUCGUGGAGAUAUUUCUGGACUCCUAAGAGCGCAUCCACUUUCGCCUUUAGUUUCACUGCACCAUCUUGAUCACGUGUAUCCUCUUUACCCUGGUAUGGAUCGCACAAGAGCCAUGGAACAUUUCUUUCGAGCUGUUAAUGCUGAUCCAGCCAGGAUCCUUCAACAAACAGUGUGCUAUGACCGUUCAAGAUCGCUUACAGUAUCAAUCGCAUGGGGCUAUACAGUUCAGGUGUUCAAAGGCAAUGCACUGCUCCCUGACCUCCUUGCUGUACAGAAAACAUUUGUACCAUGGAGAAGGGGUCGCAAUGUUACAGAUAUGUAUAUGUUUGACACAAAACAUUACCCCAGAGAUGAGUGCAAAAGAGCAGCUCUUUUCUUCCUGCAAAGUAUUUCUUCAGGUGAAGGCAAGACAGAAACCACUUACAAUAGACAGCCACCUAGAAAAUGCUUGCCCGACUUGAUCCCACUGAGGAAUCUACGUCUAAUAAAAGUGAUAUCAGAACAACUGCAUCUUGUUCCUGGGAAGGCCUUAAGACGACAUUGUUGUGACAUUGUACCUUCUUCAUCUGAUAACACCAUGGAUGUUAACAUCAGAAAAUGCAAAGAUGAUGAGUUGAUCGCGAUGCAUUCAUAGUCGUCCUUCAAUCAUACGGGAUACUCAUCUGUUCAGGUCAUGCCCUGACACCAAGCCAUGAGCUGUGAAUCGUCAUAGAGCAACACCAUACAUAUAGUAUAGACAGAGACUGGAUCAGUUAGCAUAUCUUUUCCUUCAAAUAGCAGAGUUGGGGCAUCAGGAUCUGAUUGUUCUAUAGUCUGACAUGUUACUUGAGAAGAAAACUAUGCAAGCGGCCGUGAGUGCGGUUAAUUUUGCCGGACAAGGCCGCUUCCAAUCAAUACAAUUUAUGCAGAUAUCUUUUCUUUUU